AUGUAUGUAUCAGUAUGUAUAUUGUAUGUAUGUGUACAUGUAUGUAUGUCUGUCUGUGUGUUUGUCUGUCUGCUUGUGUUUGUUUGUCUUUCUGUGUUUCCGUGUGUCUGCCUGUCUGUCUGUCUUUCUGUCUGUCUGCUUGUGUUUGUCUGUUUGUCUGUCUGUCCAUCUGCAUUUUGUCUUUCUGCAAUUUCAGUACUUCAUUCUAUUGCUGUUUUUAUUAGAAGAAGUUUGUAGGCAGAUAUGGAUGGCUACUCUGAUGAUGCAUUCUCUGAGGACUCGGCGGAAAUUAGCGUGAUGUCAGCUGGGAGUGUUCAACAUGCACCUCACCCUCCACCGAAACGAAAACUGAAACAGAAGUCGAAGCAUCUGACCUCCAGACAGUCUAAGUAUGUUUCUCCUUAUGUUCAUCGGCCAUCAGCUCCCCUACCACCAAACGACAAACCUCCACCUCACUCACUUCGUGCGGCAUCAUUCAACAAAACAGCAAGAGAGCAUUGGAUAUCAGCAUUACAAACAAACAAAGGCAUCAGCAGUGAGAGUGUUGGCACAAACACGUGGCGUGGCUCUAAGAGUCGGCCGUCAUCUGGUAGUAAUGCUUCGACGUUUCUUCAAGACCUUUUGCUGGGAAACAGCAAGUCCAUGAUGAAACCUUCACAGACAGCAGGUGUGCAUACAUUUCCCACUUCUACUCCAUCGUACAAGCCCCAAGAAGACAUGCACGAUGAAAUACAAGAACUCAAAAAGACGCAGAAAGAAGAGAAGAACCAUUUGGUGACUCGAGUGAGACGUUUGGAGGAAGAUGUGAGGAAGAAGGAAAAGAAGAUAGAAGAUAUGAUGAGUGCAGGAUACAUUGGUGCUUCGGACAUCACGAGGUCAAGAGCAGACAAACGAAGCGACUCUAGUGCAGCAGUUGCUUCACUGAAGCACCAAGUCUACAUGCUGGAGAAAGCACUAAAAGAGAAGGAAUCACAGCACAAUAAACAUUUGAGGGACAUGAGGACGACAGAUCUCGAAGAGUUGAGGCUGCAGCUUGAGAUGUAUCACCACGAGGUGACCAGAUUACGACGACUUAAUGUGGAACAGGAUGUACCUGAUGAGGUGCCAGUGACCUCAAAGAGUCGGGAUGUGAAGGUGAGGUUGAAAGCUCUCAAUACAGCUGUUGUGAGAUUAUCAGAAACAAACAAGCAACUUGAAUCUGAGAACAUGACUCUAAAGCAAGACUUAGAUAGGGCAAUGGCAGGACUAGGUCAUGUGACGUUGCCGUCAGCAACGAAAAGGAAGAAAUCUCACAAUUUGAGUCAAAAGACAUCAGCAGUGGACAAAUAUGCUGAUUAUAAUAGAACGCAGAUGUUGGCAAGGCUGGCAGAGUUGGAGACAGAAGUAGAUGAUUUACACAGUCAACAAACAGACACCAUAAAUCAUGCAACAACAACAACCGACACUCAACACAGGCAAACCGUGAAGGAAGUCACAGCAACGCACGAGAAACUGCAGAAAAGAAUCGAAGAGUUGGAAUCAUCAGAACGCGACUUAAUAGCAGAGAGAGACAAGUUACGUAACAUUGUGAGGAAACUGAAGGAAGACAGAGCACAUUACAGGAAGGAAGCAGAAACCACACAGUUAGACUUAGCGAGUGUGCGUGGUGAUCUCGGUCACAUGCGUGACACGCACUCAGCUUCAGAGAAGGAGUUGUUAUAUUUGAGGCAGAGAGAAGAGGACGAGAAGAGAGCUAGAGAGCAUGCUGCAAAAUUGGGACGACAACGAAGAGCUCUUGUGUCAUCAAGUCAAAACAAACAACAUGAGGCAGCAAGGGUACUGCAGACAAGCUGGAAAAAACAUCGUUCAAAGAAACGUCAGGGGAAAUUUGAGGAAGAUUAUGAUGAGGCUGCAACAACGAUUCAGUCAGCGCUUCGUGGCCACUUGGCGAGAAAGCAACAUUUACAGACAGACCCAGACAUGACGUCACCACAAGAAAGUGAUGAAGAGUUGGACACAGCUAGUACAACUAUUCAGGCAGCCGUAAGAGCUCACUGGGCGAGGGAAGGAGCAAUCAAACAAGAUGGAAGAAACAAUACAAAUGACUGGAGAAGCUUCAAUGGUGGAACUGAACCACAGUGGAACACUAUCGGAGAUUCAGACUCACGUAAGAGUUUCGAACGAGAAUUCAUCGGCUCAAAGCCACAGCACAACGGCACAUCUGAAGUCUCAUCUUCCAGUCUGAAAGAAAACCGACUGAGCGAGAGCGAUCUGGCCAGUGAGGCCAUGACGUCAUCACGCAUAUUGACAUCAAUAAGCAAUAAAGCGGACGAAGCCAAGCCAACAAUCAAGUCAGUAAAGAAAGUUGGUAGGAAGUUGUCAGCAGCACAAGAGAAACUAAAAAGUAUAGCACCAAGGCAACUUGGUGGUUCAAACGACGAUGAGGCCACAGAUACAGACAGCAAACCGAACGAAGCUCUUCUCGACGAAUUAUGGUGACACGUAAGCUCGAGCAUUGAUGACGUCAUAUAGCAACGGUAACAUAGCAACGGCACUUUUUAUAUGAAUUUAUUGAGAGAUGCUAUGUACAUCGUAUAUAGUCAGGCUAACAUGUAUUCAUGUACACUAAUGCUGUAGAGUCAUGCAGUUUGGUUUUACACGUUUGAUGAUAUGUUGUUGCCGUUCGA